CUGUAAUUCUGUAUUCUGUGCUCUUCUGCGGGCUGCAGCGAAAAUUGAAUUCUGCCGUCGGCCAUUUUUAGCAUUGCGUUAACUUCCACUAAUUGGAUUUGUCUUGAAUUAAAUAGAUUUUCAAAAAUAAUGGGUGAAGAGAAAGGACCAGAAAACCGCGAAAGAGAACGUAGCAGGGAUAAGGAUCCGAAAGACCGCAGGAGAAGAUCUAGAUCCAGAGAACACAGGAGAAAAUCAAGAAGCAGAAGUAGGGAUAGAAGAAGGAGAAGUAGAUCAGGAUCUCCUGCGAGACACAAUAAAUAUGGAUCUCAUUCACGUAGAAGAAAACCAUCACUAUAUUGGGAUGUACCUCCCCCAGGCUUCGAACAUAUCACACCUCUUCAGUACAAAGCUAUGCAGGCAGCAGGUCAGAUUCCAGCUAAUAUUGUAGCCGAUACACCUCAGGCUGCUGUUCCUGUUGUUGGUUCCACUAUAACAAGACAAGCUAGACGUCUUUAUGUUGGAAACAUUCCGUUUGGAGUGACUGAAGAAGAGAUGAUGGAGUUUUUCAAUCAGCAAAUGCAUCUAAGUGGAUUGGCUCAGGCAGCUGGUAAUCCAGUGCUAGCCUGCCAGAUAAAUCUCGAUAAAAAUUUUGCAUUUUUGGAGUUUAGGUCCAUUGAUGAAACUACGCAAGCUAUGGCUUUCGAUGGUAUAAAUUUCAAAGGACAAAGUUUGAAAAUUCGUAGACCUCAUGAUUACCAACCAAUGCCAGGUAUGUCAGAAAACUCAAUAAGCGUUCCUGCAGGCGUCAUCAGCACGGUUGUACCAGAUUCUCCACACAAAAUCUUUAUAGGUGGACUUCCCAACUAUCUUAACGAGGACCAGGUGAAGGAACUGCUGAUGUCUUUCGGACAGCUGAGAGCGUUCAACUUGGUCAAGGAUUCUGCGUUUGGACUCAGUAAGGGUUAUGCAUUCGCAGAAUACAUCGAUAUUACAAUGACGGACCAGGCAAUCGCUGGUCUUAACGGUAUGCAGCUGGGUGACAAGAGGCUGAUUGUUCAACGUGCAAGCGUUGGGGCCAAGAACACCACAGUUUUGCCUGCUGUUCAAAUUCAGGUGCCAGGUCUUAGUCUAGUUGGCGCAUCUGGGCCUCCUACCGAAGUUUUGUGUCUUCUUAAUAUGGUGACGCCUGAUGAAUUGAAAGACGAAGACGAAUAUGAAGAUAUUCUUGAGGAUAUUAAAGAAGAAUGUAAUAAAUAUGGCGUCGUGAGGAGCAUAGAAAUUCCUCGUCCUAUAGAUGGCGUCGAAGUUCCAGGUUGUGGGAAGGUGUUUGUUGAGUUUAACUCAGUUUUGGACUGUCAGAAGGCGCAGCAGACGUUGACCGGUAGGAAAUUCAGCAACAGGGUGGUGGUUACGUCGUACUUUGAUCCGGAUAAAUACCACAGAAGAGAGUUUUAAUAGACAGUGUUGAUGUGUUUAAUUGUACGAUAACUAUAAAUCUCUUGUUUAGGGAUAUUCUCUUUGAAUAUAGUUGUUUAAGUCUAACUUAGUUUUCGAAAUCUGAAACGAAGGAUAUGAAGAAAAAAUUAUUAAAUUUUUUUCUACAGCAUCCAGUUUAAGUUGAGACUAUUAUCGAUGAACGACUCACUAAUUUAAGUGUAAAAUAAAGUAUAUAUGAAAAUUGAAA